AGGUUCAAUCUUAGAUUUGAUACACUCGUGAUUCACAAAGCGCGGAGCUUGCACGCGCUAUCAUUAAACCUGUGAAAAUGAAAUUUACGGUGGCCCUUCUCUUAGUGCUGGCCCUGUGCCAUGCCGCUCCGGAACCUAAGAAGUCCAAAGCUAAAGCUUCGGAGUCCAGCAAUGAGAAGCGGGCGCUGAAGGAUGGAAGCUAUGAAGACACCGCUUAUUUCAAGAGUGUCCUCCGAUCAAUCGACCCAGAAAUUGAUUUUGCCGAUGAUUCUGAAGGCCGCAACUACGACCAGCAUUCGAGGAGCCCCAAGAUAUCCGACGUCUUAACAGGAGAGGGUCCCCACUUCCACGCAACCAUAGCCGGUCAGCUCUACUCUCCUGGUUCUCCGUAUGAACACAAGUAUUCUGAAGAAUCCCAAUCUUCUAACGGCCAACGCGAAAGCGAACAAGAAACUGAAGAAGAGGAACGUAGACCAGCACCAAAGAAGAAGGCCAAGAAGCAAAAGAGCAAGUCGAAACACUCCAGUCACAACAGCCACGAAAGAGACAACGAAAAAGAUCACGACGAGGAUUAUGACCACCAGGAAUACAUCUACCCAUCAUACGGAGGCCUCCACCACAAUCUAUUCGGACACCAACAACUGUACCCUGGCCUUGGCUACGGUCUGGACCCCAGAAUCUUCUAUGGAAAGCAUCUUCUCAACCCUUACUUGUACCCCAAUGCCUUUGGUCGCCCGUUCAUCAGACCGGUCUUGGGAGCUAUUCCCCCUCACCCAUUGACUUCGCCGCACCUUUCGCAACUAGCUCUCAGAAACCCUCUGCACCCACUUGCCCAUUCUCAGUUCCUUUUGAACCAGGGUCUGACCCAUCCUUUACAAUACGUAGAACAGCAAGGCUACGAACAAGGCAUCCCUGGUGUGUCAUACGCACAGAAUGCUCAAGAAGUGAACGCCCAGGGCGCGGCCGCUAAUGCGCAACAGCAACUUGAACAGCAACAAAUUGCCGCUGGUCAGCAACAAAUCGCUUUAAACCAGCAACAAAUCGGUCUUGCGCAACAACAAGCCCAAGUUCAGGUUCCUCAACAGAACUACAACGCUCAAGCUACACAACCAGGAGCUGUCAGCUACGCCACCUACACUCAGAACGUCCCCUCCCCUUUCAUCCAAGUUUACGGAACUCCUCAAGAGCCACAACCACAACUAGAACUUCAAGCCAUACCUAACGUACAGCUGCAAGAGCUGCCGUCGCUCAGACCGCUACCCAACUUCCAGAACCAGAUAAUUCAAUCUGAAGUGCGUCCAAUUCGGCUAACUCAAGGCCUGCCUGCCCAACAACAAUCAUUACCUCUUGUGCGCAUCCCCCAAGAACCUCGCAACGAACAACGUCAACAACUGUUUAGCGCACAAUCAACGUCUCCGAGUCUGUUGAGCGACGUGAACCUUGAAGCCCAAUCUUCGAGUCCUGCUCCCACAAUUCAGACGAGCCAAUCUUCUCAAUCAGUCACCAUCGAACCAUUGGAACAGGAAUCUCAGUCUACUCCAGCACCCCAGGUCACUGAGCAGACACCCAGGCCUGAGCCUUCAAGUACCCCAGCACCGGAGAGCGAGGGGAAUUUUAUUAAUGUACCGGAUCAAUCUGAGGCUUUUAACCCAGAAUUGAUCAUUCAGCAGCCAGGACUGACUGCACCUAGCGUUCAAUAUUUUGGAAACUAUGCCGAGUCCCUGUUCAACCCUUAAAGGGACCUGUAGCUGAGCCUUUAGCAGAGACUUGAAGUAAAUGUAAAUAAUGUAAUGUAAAUUCUAAUUCGAACUUCUUCCAAAUAAUAUGUGGAGGCUUACCUUCGAGCUCAGCUGUGCUUUGAACAAAGAUCUGUUAAUAAUUUUAUUGUAAAUAUUUUAAUUAGGUUUAAUCCUUACUUCGGUAUUGUUCAUAAAUUAAUUUGGAGCUUAUGAAAAACACUAUGGUUUUACCUAAAAAUAAUGUGAUGCUUUGAAGCAUAUAAAUUUCUGGUAAUAACAACUUAAUUUUUUUUUCCAAAAUAAUAAUAGAAUAGCUAAUUGAAUUAAGAGAGAUUCUAAAUGUUAAUUUGUGGACAGUAUUGAGGGCAGUUGUUGAAAUGGCUAAAAAGCGAAUGUUGUUUCUACAUGCUUUGUGAUGCCAUAUUCAUUUGGAUAAGAAAAGUUUUUAUUGUCAUUGUUUUUUUUUAAAUAAACCGUUAUAUUUUAUAAUUA